AUGGCCAACCCCCGAAACUAUUUCAUAAAUGAACAAAUAUUUUAUGGGCAAAAUAGCCUUCUGAACAGCAGAACUGACUCGCGCUCUGUUUCCUCUUUUAAUUCCGACGAACUUGAUGAAAUCAUGGGGAGCGAUUACCAGUCAAUGAGUGAUCAAUCAGAAGUAGAACAUUCCUCCAACGGCACAUUUGGCAGCGGGCAUUUCGACGAAAAAGACCUCGACGUUGAAAUCAUGGAAGACAGCAUUUCUUCAAAUACGGAGUCUGGCCGUUACGAUGAGCAUUACGACAGAGAUAUUGAAUGUGAAUUAUUUGGAAACGAACACGAUACUUCCGAGGACAGCUUUUAA